AAAUAUGUCCCACCAAUAGGCGAGAUCAUCAAAGUCGAGGACUUGGAGAACAGAAACGAACAUUCGAUCUCGAGGGUGUGAGAGAGGAAGUGUAGAAGUGAAAAGCAAAAUCAGGGAAGAUGGGAGGAGGAAUGGAAGCCCACAAGAACAGGUUCAUAGAGGAUUGGAGCACUGCUAGAGAGAAUCUCGAGCACAACUUCCGAUGGACUCGCCGCAACUUGGCCCUCGUUGGUAUCUUCGGAAUCGCUAUUCCCGUCCUUGUCUACAAGGGAAUUGUUAGAGAAUUUCAUAUGCAAGACGAAGAUGCAGGUCGACCAUACAGGAAGUUCCUGUGAGAAUUUGACAAAUGCUUUGCAAUAAUUGUGGGACUUACGAAAAUUAGACCUUAAAUGAAACCACAAGCGUGUGCGUUUUCUUCCCGGACUAAGUGUUUUUCUAUUUUAUCUCUUGGGGUAAAAACCGAAGAUCUUGUGGACUUGAUUACAUUGCAGGUUACGUGAUUUCUAUUUUGGUAGAAAAGAAUCACCGUGUCAUCUUUUUGUUCUGUGUUGUUUCACUCAUCAUGACAACAGCUUCACCACACCAAUAAACAGUCGUAGCUUUACUCUUCA